CCAAUUUUCUCAACCUAAUCCUGAAUCAAUUUCAUACCUUCAUUGACAAAUUGAAAUGGGAAAUUUGUUUUGCUGUAUUCAAGUGGACCAGUCGACCGUUGCUAUUAAGGAACGAUUUGGGAAAUUCGAGGAUGUUCUAGAACCAGGGUGUCACUGCUUGCCUUGGUUUCUUGGAAGCCAGCUGGCAGGCCAUCUUUCUCUGCGUCUGCAGCAAUUGGAUGUUAAAUGCGAGACCAAGACUAAGGUAACGUUCGUUUUCUCCUCAAUUUUAUUUUUUAGUAAUACUGAAUUGGUAACUUUAACAUCGUUUUGCGUUUCCUCUUAUCCAGUGAUAAGAGCCACUGUACCGAAACUGAAUCUUGACGACACUUUUGAGCAGAAAAACGACAUUGCUAAGGCUGUGGAAGAUGAACUCGAAAAGGCUAUGUCUGCCUACGGGUACGAAAUCGUUCAGACACUGAUUGUUGACAUCGAACCAGACGAGCAUGUCAAGAGAGCCAUGAAUGAAAUUAAUGCUGCUGCAAGGAUGAGGCUGGCUGCCACAGAGAAAGCCGAAGCCGAGAAGAUACUGCAAAUCAAGAGAGCUGAAGGUGAAGCAGAGUCGAAAUAUCUCUCGGGUUUGGGUAUUGCCCGUCAGAGGCAGGCUAUUGUCGACGGAUUGAGAGACAGUGUCCUAGGUUUCUCGGUGAAUGUGCCUGGUACAACUGCUAAGGAUGUAAUGGACAUGGUUCUUGUCACCCAAUACUUUGACACAAUGAAGGAAAUCGGUGCUUCUUCAAAAUCGUCUGCUAUCUUUAUCCCACAUGGGCCCGGUGCGGUUCGUGAUGUGGCGGCCCAGAUUCGUGAUGGGCUUCUUCAGGGCUCCAACGCCCUUCAUUGAAAAAUGCCCCCCUUCCCGAUUUUCGAAUUGGAGGUUUAAAUUUUUACUAAUGUUGAUGUUCUCUUAAUGUUGUUUGGAAUUAUAUUUCGUUGCACGAAAAAUAUAUUAGUGUUGUGUGGUUUGAAGAAUUUGUACAUGGGGGGUUACUGUGUUGAAAGUUUGAACUUCGAAACUGUUUUCUCGGUCUGAGUAUAGUGAAGUUUUAUUUCGAUGACGUGGAUUUUUAA